GCGGUGAGGCAGGAGCAGCAGACGCUCUGUGCCUCUCUCAGUGUGCGGAGCGGAGGAGGAGGACCGUCGGCAUGCCUCAGCUCCGGGAAUAUCUCUCCCCCCUCUCAGUGUCUCUCUCGGCCCCAGAGUUCACUUUUCUCCGUCUCCUCUCCGGACCAGGCGCUAAAGGAGAGCCGGCCGCGCGUCAUGGUGCGUCUUUGCGCAUUAUUUCUGGAUCUUUAAAACAAAAGUGAAUUCUUUUUUUGCCUGGACUAAAAUGAAGUGCUUUUUCUGUGUGGAGGGAAAGAGGGGCAGCCUCUCUGUGAAUAUCUGGCUGCAGCUGCUGGGGAUCUGCGUGAAGAGUAAAUCUGCGCUCUCUGGAAGGAAAAAGGGGUUGCAGUAAGCGGCUUUCUCCCCCCCCCCCCCCCGACUCCCUUAUGCAUCUGACAAUGUGCCAAGUCCAUCCACCACAUAGAAUCCAGUUCAUUUCUCAUGGUUUGGCUCUUUUUCUUUUCCUGGAUUGAUUUUGUUUUCUUUUUAUGGGAAAGGAUUUUGGAUUUUUAACCAAAGUGAAGGUCAAUGGAGAGACUCUACGGCCCCGUUUUAACACCCAGUAACGGCUGUGCCUGUGCGCUUGUGUGUGCGUGAGUGUUUGUGUGUGUGAGCGCCUCUACCUCCUUUUUCCCUAUCUCCCUGCUCUGAGAACUCACCCCUUGCUCCCCCCCCCCCCCCCCCCCCCAUCCACGGCUCAUGCUGCAAGUUAAAUGCUGGAUCUAUAUUUCAGCGACCAUUUUUGGCUGUAAAAAUGCUGAGCGGCGUCCUCAUGCUGAGCGUCCUCACGGUCACCAGCCUGACACCAGCCGAGACGGAGAGCCGCAAAACGUCCUCCUCCAAAGAGAUCUGCAAUACCCGCUGCAGCUGCGAGGAGCGCGAUAACCUCCUGAACAUCAACUGUGAGAAUAAAGGAUUUACCACGGUCACUCUGUUCCAGGCGCCCCCAAAUAAAAUCUCCCAGCUUUUUCUAAACGGAAACUUCCUGUCACGGCUCAGCGCCAAUGAGUUUGUCAAUUAUGGCAAUGUCACCUCACUGCAUCUGGGGAAUAACGGCUUGCAGGAGAUCCGAACGGGCGCUUUUAACGGGCUGCGCUUCCUCAAGCGGCUCCACUUGAACAACAACAACCUGGAGGUGAUCAAAGAGGACAGCUUCGCAGGGCUGGAGAGUUUGGAGUAUCUACAGGCAGACUAUAAUUAUAUCAGCGCCAUAGAGCCGGGUGCGUUCAGUAGGCUGAAUAAGCUCAAAGUGCUGAUCCUGAAUGACAACCUGCUGUUGUCUCUGCCUCCCAACAUCUUCCGCUUUGUGCUCCUCACACACUUGGAUUUACGGGGCAACCGGCUCAAGAAUCUGCCGUUUGCCGGGGUUCUGGAGCACGUAGGGGGCAUCAUGGAGAUCCAGCUGGAGGAGAACCCGUGGAAUUGCACCUGCGAUCUGAUUCCCCUCAAAUCCUGGCUGGACACUAUUACUGUGUUUGUGGGGGACAUCGUGUGCGAGACGCCGUUCAGGCUGCACGGUAAAGACAUCACGCAGCUUAUAAAGCAGGAUCUGUGCCCGCGCAGGAAUGCUGGGGAGCGUGUGCACCCCCCCUCUGACUCUCACUUUCAAGGGGCCCUGCCCCCGACCUACCUCCCCGGCAUGAUCACCCCCACCCGUUCACCCAAAGCUUCCCGUCCACCCAAAAUGCGCUACAGGCCCACCCCUCGCAUCUCAAAGGACAAACAUGUUUUUGGGCCUAUAAUGGUUUACCAGACACGCUCCCCCGUGCCCAUGUUGUGUCCCAGCGUGUGCGUGUGCACGUCCCAGAACCCUGACAGUGGAUUGAAUAUCAAUUGCCAAGAGCGAAAGUUGCAUAACGUCAGCGAGCUGAACCCCAAGCCCUCCUACCCAAAGAAACUCCACCUGACUGGUAACUACCUACAAGUGAUUUACAGACACGACCUGGCUGAGUACAGCUCGCUGGAGCUGCUUCAUUUAGGAAAUAACAGGAUAGCAGUGAUUCAGGAAGGAGCCUUUGAGAACCUCACAAACCUCAGACGGCUCUACCUGAACGGGAAUUACAUUGAAUCUCUUUCUCAGUCUCUUUUCUUUGGCCUGCAGUCGCUGCAGUAUCUCUAUUUGGAAUACAACAUCAUCAAAGACAUUUUACCACAAACAUUUAACGCUUUGCAUAACCUCCAGCUGCUCUUUCUGAACAACAACCUGCUGAGGUCGCUCCCUGACAAUGUGUUCGGUGGCACCAUGCUAACCAGACUCAACUUGAGGAAUAACCACUUCUCCUACCUGGCAGUCCGAGGGGUUCUGGACCAGCUGUCAGCGUUCAUCCAGAUCGACCUGCAGGAGAACCCCUGGGACUGCACCUGUGACAUUGUGGCGCUCAAGAACUGGAUGGAGCUGUCCAGCACCAGCGUGGUGGUGAACGAGAUCACGUGUGAUUCGCCCUCCAAGCACGCGGGUCGCCUGCUGCGGUCACUACGCAACGAGGCAAUCUGCCCCGAGCCCAGCGAGCCCCCCACGCCACAAAAUGCACCCCCUACAAAAGCCCCCACAAUGAUAAGCCCUGCUACUGAGGCCCCCACCCCUUCUGCUUUUAGCUCAGUCAGCCCAACCGAAUCUCGACUCCAGACCCCCGAGUUGCACCCCGAGGUGCCGCUCUCAGUCCUGAUUCUGGGGCUUCUCGUGGUCUUCAUCCUGUCGGUCUGCUUUGGCGCAGGCCUCUUUGUUUUUGUUCUGAAGCGACGCAAAGGAGUGGAACAUGUCCCCACUGGCAGCAACAACAUCGACCUGAACUCGUUUCAAGUCCAAUACGGCUCCUACACUCCUGAACCCACCCAAGACAAAGCCUCGGAAAGCCACGUUUAUAACUACAUCCCCCCACCUGUGGGCUCCAUGUGCCAAAACCCUAUUUACCUGCAGAAGGAUGGCGAACAGGUGGCGUACUACCGCACCCUGAAGGAGCUCAGCUUUGGGCCCCUGGACGCCAAGAAGGACGCUCUCACCCGAAGUCCAGGGGCCUACACCAUCAGCACAAUAGAUUUUAUGGAUAAACCUCCAACUAUGUGCGGGUUGACCUCCCCAGAACCUCCUGAGAUGUUGUAUCAGAAUUUAGGGGAAAGGCCUCACAAAGAUCUUCCCGCGGCUGGAGGACCCCCACCGUUCCAUUACAACUUUUGCACUUUACCUAAGAGACCGUGCAUCGUGCCCCCCUACGAGGUUGCAACAGCCCGGCGGCAUAUCACCAACCAGGACAGGUUAAACAAAACGGUUCUGUACGGGACCCCCAGGAAAUACUACGGAGCGGAACACCUUUCCAAAAACAAUGAGCACCCGCUGCUGCUCCCCGGGAAGCUUAAAACAGAACCGGACUACCUGGAGGUUCUGGAGAAACAGACUGCGAUGAGCCAACUGUAAGAUAGCGACUAUGCCCCCCCUCCCCCCCAGGUUCUGUGCAGCAUUCAUAAUAAUCACGCAGUUACUGUAAUAAUCGCCCUCUCUAUAUCUAUCUUAUCUAUCUGUGUUCAAUCCUACAGGAUUGACUGGGAGCCGAUCCUUUGACAAUAUAUUUUCUCUCUUCCUUUCCUUCUCUUUCUUGUUUUUCGAGAUGUAUAAAAGGAGUAUAUUAUUAUGCAGUUCUAUGUUUUCUCUGGAAAGAUAUAAAUUAUUUCCUCUUUUUUUGGAAAGUUCUAAAAAGACCUUGACGACGGCAGGUAAACAAUGGGCAGGACUGUGUACAAAUACGGCUUUGUGCUUUUCAUGAAACUGUAUUGUAUUUUCCUUGUGACGAAAACAAACGUAUGAAAUGAUUAUCCUUUGUAGAAGAGGACAUGCUACAGAUUGACAUUCCUGUACAUACUCAGCAGACACAGACACAUGGUGAGUGUUGACACCAUCAAAAGAAACCUUUUCAAAACCCAACAAGCGGCAAAUCUUACUCUACUUACUCCAGAAAGUGCCUUUGCACUCAAAUAUUUUAUCAACAACGCUCUCUGCAAAAUGCAAAUGUUCCUUUUUUUGAAAGUGCUGUAUUUUAAAGAAUCAAAUCUUUAUGUAAAAUAGAAGACUUAUUUGUCUGUUUAAAAAGAACAAAACGAGACUGGGUGUGAAAUGAGUUCUUGAUGAGGAGAAUCAUGUUUAUUUUGCUUUGAAUAUGAAGUGUCUUUGGAUGUACAACUUAUAGAGAACAUUGUAUGCUAUAGGGGAGCAAUACAGCGCGGCGAUGCUGCGCCAUUAAACUUUCACUGAAGCACUUUGUCAACA